ACGUUCAUUGCUAUCACAGCUGUGGCAGUACGACAGUGUACAAAAAAACUGCUGGUAGAACGGUUGAAAAGCAGGCAACUAAACGUCACUUUCAUUCUUCUCUAUGAACAGAAACUAAGAAGGCACAUUUGUUGCUACCUCCUUUACUUCUUGGGUGAAAAUUGUUGAGAUUUGUAGCCUCUGUAAGGAGAAAACGGAGGUUUAGAACCACACUGUUCAACAAUAAUGGCGAACAACGGUUUGUCUAGUCAACGAAUUCAGAGUUCCGAAAAUGACUACCAAGGACUGGGAAGAAUUCAUGGAAAAGGUUUACAAGCUGGUGAUAAUGGUCAGGCUCAAAGGAGGACUGCGUUGGGAACGAUAACCAGUAGAGUUAACCGAGUACAGCCGUCUAGAGCGGCCAAACAGCAGCCUAAUGUCUUCCCUGAUGAUGUGUGUGAUGAAAAUAUAUACUCCCGAAAAGAGAAAGAAUUUGCAGGACAACCUAAUGUUGUCCAAUCACAAGGAUUCCGUAUUCAUCUUGACAAUCAAGCCCAGGAAAUAUCCAGACCACAGGAAAGUGAUUCGUCCACGCAUUUAAAACUUCACGCAGGAGUGACAACUCUGGGUCCAUCACACCCAACCAGCAGACCUAGUCAGUCAGGGUUCUACCCGAUCAACGAUAGCAUUGAGGCAACUGAUUCUCCAAUGAUCCUUGACACAACUAUUGAUGAGAACCUAGAUGUUGACUGCGAGAAAAAACAUGAAGACGAUGUCACGCUCUGCGUAGCAGAGUAUUCUGCAGAUAUCUAUCAAUAUCUCAGGGAAGCAGAGACGCGCUCGCGGCCGCGGCUCGGCUACAUGCGCAAGCAGCCGGACAUCACCUACACGAUGCGCAGCAUCCUCGUCGACUGGCUCGUCGAGGUCGGCGAGGAGUACAAGAUGCACACGGAGACGCUCUACCUCGCCGUCUCCUACGUCGACCGCUUUCUCUCCUGCAUGUCGGUGAUGCGUGGAAAGCUGCAGCUGGUCGGCGCAGCCAGCAUGUUCCUCGCCGGGAAAUACGAAGAGAUCUAUCCACCGGACAUUGGCGAGUUUGUCUACAUCACAGACGAUACGUACACCCAGCCACAGGUUCUUCGCAUGGAACAUCUGGUGCUGAAAGUGCUGUCGUUUGACGUUGCCGUGCCGACUGCUCUCUGCUUCCUGCAGAGGUUCGCUUACAUGUGUCAGUGUGACGACAAGACCACAUCUCUUGCCAUGUAUCUGUCGGAAUUGACCCUGCUCAACGCUGAAGUGUUUUUGAAGUAUUUGCCGUCCACGAUCGGUGCUGCUGCGAUGAUGCUGGCCAACCACGCUAUGGGUAGAGAGCCAUGGCCGAUGGACGUUCAGAUGUUUAGCGGCUACCAGGUGGAGCAGCUGCAGCCGCUGCUGCAAGACAUGCAGAGGGCGUGGUCGAACGCUGCUAGCAGUGGCCAGCAAGCCAUAUGCGACAAGUACAAGAAUUCCAAAAACAAUGGCGUCGCUUCGCUCUUACCUUCCACCACGAUACCCAGCGUGUAAGGCAGUCUGAGGAGGCGAAAAGGCAAAUGUGCGUAACCCCCUGUACGUGUCGGCUGCGCGGUGAGGUUCCAGUAUUCAGUCAGAAUUAUGCAAACGGAAGACGGCUCUGAGAAGCCUCGUGAAAGCAGCGCACGCGCAAGUGAUGGUGCUGUCGCCAAGUGCAAGGCUUGCCUCUCUAGUGGAGUGGCUCCGAGGCACCGCUUUGAGAAGAUAUUUUUGAUAAUCGAGGAAUUUUCUACUGCAUGCUUUGGUUGCGAGGACCAGGUUGAUAUCAUGAGUUGAUUACGUGCGCAUGUGCGCAUGUGCGUGUGAGAGUGACAAAGCAAUUUCGAAUCCAUUGUUGCUGGUAUUGCUCUAUGUUGCUGGAGCGCAUGUUCAUAGUGGGGUUUCCCCCAUUUAGUAAGGUUGCAUCCUUAUUCCAUUGCCCACCUAGCACCCAAGAGCAUUACCAGCCUCUGGAAUAAUGGAAGAAUAUGCUCCUAUUUUUUUAAAGAUUUAUUCUAAAAACCAAGGUCUUAAUGUAGAAGUAUGAGCUUCUUUUAGAUGAAUUAAUGGCAGUGAUGGACAUUAGCCUCGUCUACACGGCGAACCUUGACUCGACUUAAGCGUUGACUCGAGUUAGCGUCUACACGACAACACCCGAUAGCGAUUAUUACCGAUUUAUUAUGCGUGCGUGCGUGC